UGUUAACCUGUGUACCUGUGUUCAGUCAGACGCUCAAUCAAUCCUGCCACAGCAUGGAGCUCUCCGCGUCAUAUCAGCUGAUCUGGCUGAUUCUUCUACUGGGACACACAGAAGCAGGGACGCGCCCCGCUCUCAGUGUCUCUCCACACAGCUGGGCGACUGAAGGAGACUUGGUGACUCUGAGCUGUGAGGUUCCAGGCUCGUCCACAAAAUGGACAUUUCUCUGGUACAGAGCAGUUCCCUUCCGAAGAGCUGAUCCGUUCAAUGAGGAAUCUCCUAUUUUUGAUGACAGAAAAAAACCUUACUAUGUGGAGCUCCUCCCAGACAGCAGCAGGGGAGCUGGAGGCUCCUACACUCUCAGCCCUGCUGCUCAUAAACACACUGGGAGUUAUGUGUGCAGAGCAGAGGGAGGAGAACCAGCCUCUCUGACAGACUUCAGUGAGAUUAAGACUCUCUGGGUCACAGGUCUGUCUCCUCCGGCCUCUCUGGUCAUCAGACCCAACAGAACUCAGCUGUUCUAUUCCGAGUCCGUCUCCCUGAGCUGUGAGGUGCAGGACAAGUCCACGGGAUGGAGGCUGAGAUGGAGAACAGGAAGAGUGACAUCAGGCGACGACAGAGAAGACAAUCGAGACUGUCCAUACGGUUGGUACUCAGAAAGUGGAACCACUUGUAGAACCUCAAUACGGUCGCUGCAGGACAGCGGAACCUACUGGUGCGAGUCUGAGUCUGGACAAUACAGCAAUGCUGUCAACAUCUCAAUAAACUAUAAACCGAAAGCAGAAAUCAGAAAUCCUGCACACAGUUGGGCAACGGAAGGAGACUCGGUUACUCUGAGCUGUGAGGUCACCGACGACUCCCUCAACUGGACAGUCCUGUGGUACCGAGCGGUUCGUUCCAGAACUGACUACUACACAGAGGGUUCUUUUACCUUCAACGAUAACUAUUAUACUGCAGAGCUCCUCCCAGACAGCAGCAGAGGAGCUGGAGGCUCCUACACUCUCAGCCCUGCUGCUCCUCAGCACUCUGGGCUUUAUGUGUGCAGAGCAGAGGGAGGAGAUCCAGUCUACCAGACGGGCUUCAGUGGUGUGGUGGCUCUCUGGGUCACAGGUCUGUCUCCUCCAGCCUCUCUGGUCAUCACACCCAACAGAGCUCAGCUGUUUGAGUCUGAGUCUCUCUCCCUGAGCUGUGAGGUGCAGGACCAGUCCACUGGAUGGAGGCUGAGAUGGGACACACUGAAUAAUGAGGGCCGGGUCUGUCCUGAUGGGUGGGGGUCAGAAGCUGGACCCGCAUGCACCACUAGUAGAGCACAGAGAGCAGAUGCAGGCGUCUACUGGUGUGAGUCUGAAUCUGGGAAAUACAGCAAUGCUCUCAACGUGUCAAUACAACAGAAGCCCAUUCCAGUUCUCAGUGCUUCUACGGACAGCUGGCCUGCUGAAGGAGACUCGGUAACUCUGAGUUGUGAGGUUUCAGACACCUCCUUAAAGUGGACAUUCCUCUGGUACAGAGCAGUUCCCUACAGAAAGGAUUUACCUGGUUUGAAACACAAAUGGAUCAAUUACAACGCAGAGCUCCUCCCAGACAGCAGCAGAGGAGCUGGAGGCUCCUACACUCUCAGCCCUGCUGCUCUUCAACACACUGGGCUUUAUGUGUGCAGAGCAGAGGGAGGAGAACCAGCCUACCAGACAGACUUCAGUGAAGUGGUACCUCUCUGGGUCACAGGUGUGUCUCCUCCAGCUUCCCUGCUCCUCAGACCCAACAGAGCGCUGUUUACGUCUGAGUCGGUCUCCCUGAGCUGUGAGGCGAAGGACCAGUCCAGCGGGUGGAGGCUGAGAUGGGACUCCAGCAAGCAAGUGAGCUUGUACACCACUCGUGACCACAUACGUCAGUGUCCACAGGGUUGGACCUCAGGAGCUGGAACCUCGUGCAGCACCAGUAAGCUAGAAGCGGAGGACAGGGGCACGUACUGGUGUGAGUCUGAAUCUGGACAACACAGCAACGCAGUCAAUGUAACAGUGAAGAACAAACCUGACACAACUCUCCGAGUGUUCAGUGUUCCUACUCUCGGCUGGCCGGAUGAAGGAGGCUCAGUUACUCUGCAAUGUGAUGUGGAUGACCGCUCCUUUAACUGGACAAUCCUGUGGUACAGAGCAGUGCCCUACAGAAGUGGCGCUUCAGCCAAACCAGCUGUUCGCUACAAGAUGAGCAGUUACUCUGCGGAGCUUCUCCCAGACAGCAGCAGAGGAGCUGGAGGCUCCUACACUCUCAGCCCUGCUGCUCUUCAACACACUGGGCUUUAUGUGUGCAGAGCAGAGGGAGGAGAUCCAGCCUACCUGACAGACUUCAGUAAUGUGGAGACUCUUUGGGUUGUAGGUCUGUCUCCUCCAGCCUCUCUGGUCAUCAGACCCAACAGGACUCAGCUGUUUGAGUAUGAGUCUGUGUCCCUGAGCUGUGAGGGCCACGGCAGCUCUACCGGAUGGAGGCUGAGAUGGGUUGGACAGAGAGAAGAGGGACCAGACUGUCCAAAAUCCUGGCGAUUAGAGGCGGGACCCACAUGUACAACCAGUGAGCUACACCCACAUGACAGUGCAGUGUACUGGUGUGCAUCUGAAUCUGGAGAGCACAGCAACCCUUUCAAAUUACGAUCUAACUUGAGGCCCAGAGCUUUUCUUCGUGUCAGUCCACACAGCUGGCCAGUUGAAGGAGACUCGGUGACGCUGAACUGUGAGAUCACCGACACGUCCUUAGACUGGACAUUCCUCUGGUACCGAGCAGUUCCCAUACAAGGGUCUGGUCCCAUCACGGACGGCUCAACUGCCACUGACAUUAAUCGCAAUCGUUACUCUGUGGAGCUCCUCCCAGACAGCAGCAGAGGAGCUGGAGGCUCCUACACUCUCAGCCCUGCUACUCUUCAACACACUGGGCUUUACGUGUGCAGAGCAGAGGGAGGAGAUCCAGCCUACCUGACUAUGUACAGCGAUGUGAAGCCACUGCGGGUCAUUGGCCUGUCUCCUCCAGCCACUCUGGUCAUCAGACCCAGCAGAACAGCCCUGCGUCUAUCUGAGUCCGUCUCCCUGAGCUGUGAGGUGCAGGACAAGUCCGCAGGAUGGAGGCUGAGGUGGGAGACCAAUAGGAGAGAGGAGUCCGUCUGUCCUGCUAGCUGGAGAUCAGAGGCUGCACUCACCUGCAGCACCAGUGGCCUCCAGGCCCGGGACAGAGGAGUGUACUGGUGUGAGUCUGAGUCUGGACAGCACAGCAAUGCAGCUCAUAUCACCAUACAGUGAUAGAGGAGUGUACUGGUGUGAGUCUGAGUCUGGACAGCACAGCAAUGCAGCUCAUGUCACCAUACAGUGAUAGAGGAGUGUACUGGUGUGAGUCUGAGUCUGGACAGCACAGCAAUGCAGCUCAUGUCACCAUACAGUGAUAGAGGAGUGUACUGGUGUGAGUCUGAGGCUGGACAGCACAGCAAUGCAGCUCAUGUCACCAUACAGUGAUAGAGGAGUGUACUGGUGUGAGUCUGAGGCUGGACAGCACAGCAAUGCAGCUCAUGUCACCAUACGGUGAUGAGUGGACCGCUGAGAUGAGUUCAGUCCAAAUCCCUGAUUUCAGUGUUGUAAUGUACUGUUCUGUACUUUAGGCCUACAUAAAACAUGUUGGACCAUAAUUAUUGACACCAUCCAAGUACAAUAAAUCAAUUUAGCUGAUUCUUUUUUUUUAAUUUUAUUGCCCCUCAUUUCCAUCUGUGAAACAAUAUUGCUUAUUAUAAAACAGUUAAGUCCGGUCGAGCUGUUUAUCAAUUUUUGAUUGGACUAGAGGCCUUUUGAGUCAUCCUGAGUGGCGAUAUCCCAGGAUAAUGGCGCUCAAAACUUUUGCAAUGAAUUUCCAACACGAACAUUACAUUCAUUGAUAAAGAGAGAUCAACAAUUUUAUAAUAACAUCUUGGAGUGAGAAAGACACAAGUAGGUGGCCAGUAUACAAGUAUUACACAUUUUAAGGGAAAAAGUUUGAACUUAUUUGGUCUACUGCUGUAUUCGAGUUCACUCCGCCACCUUGGAUAAUUUUUUUUUUAGUUCCCUUCAAAGCAAAGUACAGUAUAUGUCUCUGGUGGUGUCACGUUACCUGAUAUCAGUAUAGUAUAUCAGUAUUGUGUGCGCAGAGGAUGAAUGAACAAAAAUAUAAAUAAAUGAUAGGAAAGAUAAUUUGAUAUCUUAAAGCUAAAUUAGUAGGUGAUGGAGCUAUUGUAUAAGAGCAAUAUGACACUCAUGAUGGUGGGGGUGGUAAAGCCUGAAAUGAUCUCCUCUACCAUCUCCUGUCCCACUCGUGUCUGUAAUGCCUUUAUACAUCAGGCAGAACAUAUCCGUGGACAUUUAUAAUAUGCUACUCGCUAAAGUUUCACUCAGUGGUUGAAAUUAGCAAAACUAAGGAAAAUACUUAGACGUUUGGAAACCCUUUUUCAUUUGUCUUAAAGGAACACACCAACAUUUUGAGAAAUUAGCUUAUUCACUGUCACUACCAGAGUUAAAUGAGAUGAUACUGUAUAUUUCCUUCUUGUCCCUGUGCACGCAGU